AUGAAAUUUGCUCUUCUUCUAUUUACAUUAUUUGCGCUCUCCCUUGCUGAUUAUGGCUUCCUUGAAGGUAAUUACUAUUAUACGGCAAUUGAGCUUGGGAAAUGUUACAAAUAUGGUGAUAGCGAUUUCGCAAGACUUGAACACAGUGCUCAAACUCCUAAUAAUUUAACUCUGUUUCUUGGUGAUGAUUGCAAAAAAAUGGUUGAAGAAAAAGAAGGUGCGAAGGAUUUUAAAGAAAUACAACGAUUGCCUUCUCACAUCUAUUUCGGAGAAGUAUAUUUUGUUGAAACUUGUAUAAACCCAAGUGGAGUAUACGCCGUUCCAUUGUAUUUCAAAGGAGGAUGCGUCUUGAGUGAUACUCCUGGUAAAUACCAAAAAUCAAAAGUGGAAUCUGAUAAGGUAGUGACAUCUUUGUAUGAAGACAACAAAUGUGAAGGUAAAGUAAUUUCAACUGAAAAUCAAACUCUUUUCAAAUGUUUAAAAGAAGAUGUUGGAUACAUAAAACUUGAAACAAACACUUCUGGAGCUUUCAUGAGUUUCAUCAUGCUUGCUAUGCUUCUAGUCGUUUUAAUCUAA